AUGAAUGAAUUUUUACAAAAGAAUGAGUCUCUCCAAUCCUCACCUCUACUUCAGAGAGAACUCGAAAAUUUUCGUUUUCGAUCGCAGCGAAAAUGUGCCAAAUCAAUAUUAACAAGAAUUCUUGCCAUAUCAGCUAUUAUAUUCAUAGUACUACUGAUGACUAUCAUUUAUCAUUGCAUUGUGGUUGAAAGAAUGGAAAAAAUGAAACAAAUAAUCUCACUAAAUAUUAGACAUCAGCAAAAUGCAAAUAUCUUAAACACAGACAAAAAGUCUUUUAAGAAUAUACAUCUUUUCAGAGAAAGUGAUAAUGCUGUUGAAUCUGCUAGCGUAGAAGCAGAGUCUACUGAUACUAUAGCCUCAUUGAGUGAUGAAAAAAGUAUAAACUUACAGCAUAUGAAAAUGAGAAAAUUUCAUUAUAGGUCACGUAGAGACAUUACUUACAUACCCGAUCCUCUUCAUUUAGAAGGUGAGCUCGAUUUGCAGAAUAUUUACGGAAAGAUUAGAUAUAAGCGCACUAGAAGUGAACUCUUCAAAUUAGAACAGGAAUAUAUCAGGUGUAAAAAAGAGACUCCUUCCAAAAAUGAUUGUAUGGUCGCAUUUGCAAAAAUGUAUCGUCUAGCAAAAGAAAUAAGCGAUAAAAUGGAAAAAAUGAAAGAAAUUUUUAAAGAAAGUGAUACAAUAUUAGAAGAGAGUGAUUCAAAAUCAUUUGAUUCAAAGUACAGUAAGGAAGAUAAAUUUACUGAAUCAAAUGAUAAUAAUAAUAACGAUAAAUUUGAUAAGUCAACACAAAUAAAGACAAAAACUAUAAAUACAACAACUCCUAAUCCUACGAGAGGAACAAAAUUAACAGUUGAUUUCAAUACUUCCAAAGAUGAUGAAAGUCAUACAAAUACAACACAAGUAAACAAUGGUGUUAUUGUAAAUGAGGGGACUACGGAACACUCCAUUUUAGUUAAGACUACACUAAGCAUUACAACUGAUGAAUCCGUUACUAAAAAAACAAAUGAUGAAACAACUGAAACUUCAGAUGACUCUCAGGAAGAUAUUGAGAAACUAACUUGGAUAUUAGAUGGAAAUGAUAGUAUUGAAGCUUCAACUACAAAAAUUCCUUCGAGUUUAAUCGCUACUGAUAUUGUGUCCACAACUAGCAUACGAACAGAUGACAAUACAACUGAAUCUCUUAAAAUUAGCUGGAUUAUAGACGGAAAUGAAAAUGAUCAUAUUGAAAAUAUUCCACUAAAUGAAGAGAAAUGGAAAUCAACAGAACUGUCGGUAACUACUGAUGGUUUAAAAGUAACAACAAAAACAAUGGUACAAAAUAAUCCUACAACUUUAUCUACUAAUACUCAAACAGAAACUUUACCCAUUGCAACUAAAGGUGCAACGGAAAGGGAGAUUGAAACGGAAACUGACGAAAAUCUUCGGAAGUCAAAUAUUGAAUGGAUACUUGAUGAUGAUGAAUACACUGAUGAGAUAUCAUCUAAAAAAGAUUCAAAGAAUAAUACAGGCUUACUUAGAAAAUUUUCAACAGAAGUACACGAAAAUAUUUCUAAUAUAGAUGAAAGCAUUUUACCAGGCGGUGAUAACUUACUUCAAAUAACAGUAGUAACGGACGAAACAGUUACAACAAGUACUGAAAACUCCUUGCCUACUAUAAAGUUUAUCAAUAGUACAAAUGUAACUAUAAGCUAUCAAGGUGCUUGUGCAUUAGCUUCUUGUGUGCCUGAUGUACCACCUACUCCUGUUCACUCACCUGAAGAAUUUAAAUCUCGAACACAUGAUAUAGCCACAGUGCAUCCUUUAGAUAAUCCAAAUAGUUCAGAAAAUAUGCUAGAUAGUUUUGAACGUCAUGAAGGGUUCAAAACAGUUGCAAAACAGAAUCAGGAUGACAUAAAAAUAAAUGAAACGCAUUACGUUAUUUAUGAUAGCAAAAAAUGGGAAAAAGUAUUUAAAGAAACUUCUACUUUAAAUAAACAAAGUGAAUUAAUUGAAAAUAUUGGCGAUUUGGAUGCAAACAGUAUGCUAAAUUUAGGACCAAAGGUUAAUCCCAUAAAUACUAAUGGUUUUGGUGCUGAUACACAAUUAUUAACAUUAUGUGAGCGCAUGGCAAAACGCUUACAGAAUAAGGAAAAUGCAGGAGCUCCUAUACCGGAAAACGGUUCUGAAACAUUUACGCAUCCGCCAGCAGCUCAAUUUACUAGUCGUGGUCCUGGUGGCUUUCCAGUAACUGGCGAAACUAUGAAAGCAUCUGCACAAUUUAUGUUUAAUCCAAAUUUUGGCCCACCAACAAUACCAAUAUGUUUUUAUGUAACACCGGCCAAUUUUAGAAUGUUUAAUCAACCACCUAUGUGGUCUCCGCCAUAUGUUGGUAGUCCCGCUAACUACGGUGGUUCAUAUGGGUAUUUUAAUCCAGUCGCUGGUGGUGGUGGUGGUGGUGGGGGUGUUUUCUUUGUACCACAAAACUUUGGGCCAAGUGGAAAUUUUUUUGGACCCGCUAGUGCUACAGGUGGUGGUUCUCAAGCAAAUAUACCAAAUAUAUUUUCGAAACAUGCUUCACCACAAAAAAAACAGCAUUUCUUCUGCACUUACAUGCCCAAUCAGAAUAACAAUCCCAAUCAAGGUGUUGGAAGUAGUGGCACUGGCAGUGGUGUUAAUAACAUAGGAUUCUCAAAUGCCAACUUUAAAAUGCGUAUGGCUAAUCAGUCAGCUUUAUCCGCAAAUAUUAUAUAUGCAUCUUUCUCUGGAGUGGCUAAGCAAUUGGGUCAGAAAGAUCAAUUUAAAUGCUCAUUGCCAGGUCAAGUAGCUUGUUAUGGCGGAAAUGAAUGUAUUAAUGAAGAAUCAUGGUGCGAUAAUGCAGUCGAUUGCUCUGAUGGUAGUGAUGAAUCUGCUUGCACAUGUCGUGAUCGAAUGAGUGAAGAACGCAUAUGCGAUGGGUAUGCAGAUUGUCCAAUGGGAGAAGACGAAAUGAGCUGCUUAGAUUGUGGCAACUAUAUGUUUUCAUGUUAUGAUAAUGCCAACGAACUUGAACGUUACAAUAAAUCUACUGUUGCAAUGUGUUACAGUGCUAUGGAGAAAUGCGAUGGUGUUAUGCACUGCAUGAAUGGCAAAGAUGAACGCGACUGCAGUAUGAUUGUAAAAGAUCUUUCAACGCACAUGUCUCAUGCUGUUUCAGCUUCAGAGGGAUAUCUAUACCGAAAUCAUCGCGGUGAGUGGUAUGCUGUUUGUAAUAACGGCGAAAAGUGGGCAAAGGAAGCUUGUGAUAAUGAAGGUGACCAUAUUGGCCAAAUUAAUAUCACUUUUCAGUCAUUGGAACUUCCUGGACCUUUUAUUGAACCCACUUCACUAGGCAAUGUACAUUUUGCACAAUCUUGUCAAAAACGUGAUAGUAAGGAUGUGAUAACUGAUCAUGCAACCUAUGUGAAAUGUGCAGCCACUAAAUGUGGUAUUACUAAAACAUUUACUACUCCAUUAGCAAAUGUGAAAUCUAAACGUUCCAGUAAACGUUCCAAUAGCAAUUCAAAAUUCAAUGAAAGAAUUGUGGGUGGCACUAAAAGUGAACCACUACAAUGGCCAUUUGUUGUAGCUAUUUAUAGAAAUGGAAAUUUUCUCUGUGGCGGGUCUAUAUAUAGUGAAUAUUGGAUUAUAAGUGCAGCACAUUGUGCUAUUAACUUUCAGAAAUAUCACUAUGAAGUACGUGCCGGUAUGCUACGUCGCACUAGUUUCGCAAUGUCAACCCAAAUCCAAUCCGUAACUCAUAUUGUCGUACAUCAGUUAUACGAUCGCUUGAGUAUGAAAAACGACUUAUCGCUAUUUCGUUUAGCAGAACCAUUGAAAUUUAAUCGAUGGGUGAAACCUAUUUGCUUGCCAGAUGUUGGACGCACUACAAUGGGUGAAGAUUGGGUUUGGGGACCUGAAGAUGAUGUUGUAUGUACAGUAGUUGGCUGGGGAGCUAUAAGAGAAAAAGGACCAAGUAGUGAUCAGUUACGUGAGGUACGACUACCAAUGCAAAAGCGUUGUAAAGAGCAAGAUGAUCAGGAAGCAGAGGAUGUAUGUGCUGGAGAUACAGACGGUGGACGUGAUGCUUGUCAGGGAGAUUCUGGUGGUCCUCUCUUUUGUCCAAGUGUUUCUAAUUCAAAGGAAUGGUAUUUAGCUGGUAUUGUAAGUCAUGGAAAUGGCUGUGCUAGAAGCGGCGAGCUUGGUGCUUACACACGUGUAGCAUUAUAUUUAGAUUGGAUUGAAAUGGGUAUGCGGCCAGAAUUCUUACCAAAACAGCAGCCACUACAGUUAUGUCCUGGUUUUGUAUGUAUAUGGGGCGGCAAACGUUGUAUUUCUCAAAGUAAGCGAUGUAAUCGAGAAGUAGAUUGUCUAGGUGGAGAGGACGAAGUUGGUUGUAUAUAUAAUUUUAUGCCAGAUGUUGGUAGCGCUAAAAAUAUUUCCACAACUGAAAGUGAUUAUUUUCUUAAAAAUAAAAUGACAGAAUCAGUUCCAGUCGAAGUUGUGACUACGGAAAGUACAAUGGAGAACGCUGACGAUGUAUUAACAGCAAUGACACAACAUGAAGAUGAUAGUAUGGCACAGCAGCAUAAUAACAACGAAACUGAUACGAAAACAAAUUUUUCUGAAAUUGUUGGAAGUAACCAUGCAUUGGCUAACUUUAAAAAAACGCCGUUACUGACUGAGAAAUCUUUAACUAACGAAUCGUUUAUACCUGAAUUUCUUCUCGGUAGUAAACGUACAAUGUUUUCUCAAAUUGAAAACGAGACAGAUGAAGUUACAACUCUAAUAUCUGAUAUUGAUACAAAUAGUGCGCCCCAGGUUUCCGUGUCUGUAGCAAAUCAUACUGAAGUGUCAACCACUACAUUAGAUGACAUUUUAAAUAGUAGUAUGUUGGAUGAUAAAUUGAACACAACUUUUGUAUCUACUGCACUAACAAUACUUCCAACUAAUACAACUGCAAUAAUAAGAGCAACAACAACUUUAGCCACUGAUACAACUGCAAUAAAAACUCAUAGCUUUGAGGUUACCACGAGUACUACACAACUCCACAAUAGUACUACUACUUCGGGAUCUACUUCGGGAACAACAACUGAAAGUAACGAGGAUAUAAGCAGCAAUACGAAAGUACCAAAUGUACCAGGAAAAUUCAUAUGUAAAAUAAUUCCUCAAGUAAUUGGAUUAGAUCAUCAGUGUGAUCGCAUUAGCGACUGUGAAGACGGAACAGAUGAACAAAAUUGCACGUGCAAAGAUUAUUUAAAAGGAUCUCUGAAUAUUUUAAUAUGUGAUGGAAAAACUGAUUGUGAGGACUUAACCGAUGAAGAGGAUUGUGGAACUUGUAAGACUGACGAAUUUUUGUGCCCACUUUCUAAAACAUGUAUAUCGUUGACUAAACGAUGCGAUGGUGUCAGCGAUUGCAAAUUUCAUGAAGAUGAAAAUCAUUGCUUUGCAUUGACUAAUGGUAAAGAUGUACACUUCGAUGCCAAUAACCAGCCACAAUUUAACAAUGAAGGUAUAUUCUCCAAAAACACACAUGGUGUUUGGCGUAUAGUGUGUGCAGAGGAAACCUCAUUCAAUACUCACAACGCCAAAACUGCAGCGGAAAUUUGUGCUUUGCUAGAUUUCAAUGGUGUCACCUACUAUACUACCACAGUUCCUAAAAAAUAUGAGCACAUAAUUCCAAUUGAUCCGGAUAUUGAAACCGAAACCUCUCUACCACAUUUAUCUGAUGCAAAUAUAAGUGAUCGCUUUCCCAAACAUAAACCGACACAUUCUCGACGGUUACGUAUAGAAAACACGAAAGAAAAUUGUGUGAGUUUAUACUUGAAGUGUGUAGCUAAAUUGAAUAAAACACAACCUGUAAAAACAUUAAGUGCUGGUGAGGCUUUGAAGCCACUAUCGGAGGACUUAGAAAUAAUGGAACCAACAGUCAUAACUCAUAAUAAACCAAAUGUAUUUAUAGAACCAGCACCUUCAGAUGUAUUGAUCGAAAAGAAAGUUGAAAUAAUGGAUAAGCUGGAAAAGAUUUUGCAUAUAAAGCCAAAUAUAUCUAUUAUGGUAAAUGAUAAGCUACAUACAGCCAUAGAAGAACUGCAUUGGCCUUGGUUAGUUGAUAUUUACCGCAAUGGUGAGUUGUGGUGUUUAGGUGUAUUGGUGGACAAGCAUUGGGUGUUGGUACAUGAAUCCUGUCAAUAUGGCAUACGUUAUACCAAUGAUUAUAUUGCUGCACUCUUGGGUGGUGGAAAAUCAAAGCAAUUACCACAUAAAAGUUUAAAUGAGCAAAUAAGACGGGUUGAUUGUACCGAAGUAGUUCCAAAAAGCGAUGUAAUAUUAUUUCAUUUAGAGAAACCAGUGCACCUUUCACAUUUUGUCAUGCCCACCUUUUUACCAGACAUGAAUCAGUACAACAAAACUGUUCAACCUGAAUGCAUAUCAGUGCUCCAUGAGGAUAAAUUUGGACGUAUUAAGACAGUUGCAAUAACUGAACACAAGAAUGAUAAAUUAUGUAAUAUGUCUAAACUAUUUUGCUUUCAAUUAUUAGAAAGCAAGCCAUCCGAAAAAUUAUUGCGUGAUACUGCACUUAGUGCGGAAGAUGUGGCAAGUGUAUCAGAGGAAUUCGAUAUGAGUUCUUUUGAUGAAAAAUUAGAUAAAAUUACACGUUCGUUAUCACGAAUUACAACUUGUACACAAUUUGGCAAUAAAAAUAUAGAUGCUACAAUUUCUCCUAUUGAUCAAGGCAUCCUCAUAUGUCGCGAAGAGAAAACUGGUUGGUAUCCGACUGCCUUAUUCGGUUAUAAUAACACAAAUUGCAGCAGUUUUAACCAACCAUUCGCUGUGCGUACAUUGGAAAGUGUUUAUAAUGUUAUACAAAAUAUUACUGACAAUAGCAUGUGUUCGGCUCCUAGAUCUCAGCCUUUUUGUGGCACUUAUCGCUGCCCUUUAGGUGUAUGCCUUACUUCUGAACAGAUCUGUAAUAAGAAAGAAGACUGUCAUGACGGCAGUGAUGAAACUGAAGACAUUUGUCGCGAAUUUAAAAAAGAGUGUAAAACAUCUGAAAUAAAAUGUCGUUCGACUAGUGAAUGCAUAUCAAAGAGCAAAUUUUGUGACCAUAAAGCUGAUUGUGAAGAUCUUACGGAUGAGCCUACGAUAUGUUCCUGUUUUACAUAUCUCAAAGCAACAGAUCCUUCUAAAAUUUGUGAUGGCAUUAGAAAUUGUUAUGAUAAGAGUGAUGAGAGCCCAGCUUUAUGUAAUUGCACUGAAAAACAUUAUAAAUGUGGAAAAAAAUCAAAUGAAUGCAUACCGCGGGAUUUUGUAUGUGAUGGAGAGCCUGACUGUCCGAAUGGUGAAGAUGAAAGGUAUUGUUUUGGUAUUGAAAAACCAAAUAUAUUUAGUUUACCUAAGAAUAUGCAAACAAAUCCAAUUUAUUAUACUGGACCAGCACAAUAUGGUCAGGUAAUUGAGCAAUCUUAUGGAAUUUGGCAUACUAAAUGUUUUCCAAAAAGUACGCCACCUAAUACCUACGAAGUAAAACAAAUAUGUAAAAAAUUGGGUUAUAGUCCUUAUCGUCAUCCACAGUAUCGAAUUAUAGAUGAUGCCGCCAAUGAAGUUAUUGAUACAAAUGAAUUGCCAGAUCAGCGUGGUCGUACAUUUGGGAAUGAUAGUUUGAUUGGUAAAUAUCGUACUGCUACUAAAGCAGUUAUUGUAAGCAAAUUUUCUCCAUUAUAUUUAAAUAACGAUUUGACACUUUUCCUGAAACCAAGCCGACCAAUUGCGGAAUUAGUGCGUUGGAAUGCUACAGAUUCUAGUAAUUGCUAUAGACUUGAAAUUAAAUGUGCUUAAUA